AUGAAACCACAGUAUAUGGGGGACGUGCAGGAGGCCCCCCAGCAGCUGGCGGGACAGCAUAAAGCUGUGGAGCCGGGGCAGGGUGACAGCAAUGGAGACGGCGGUAGUGGAACUGGCGGUGGCGGACACAGUGACAUUAUGCAUUGCGGUGGUGACAGCGGCAGUGGCAGUGGCAGUGGCAGCAGGGUCGGCGGCAAGGUGCUUGGGAAGAGGCGCACAGCAGGUGGUGCUCACAGCGACCAUGAGGGGCAAGGCCGGGGUAGCAGUGGUGGCGACGGGCAGGAAAAGAAGCAACGCCACCGUGUGGCUGACGAGGACUGCCAACAGCAGCAGGAUCAGGAGCAGGCACAGGAGCACCAACUGGAGGGCCAGGAGCUGCAGCACCGGCACCUGCACCGGCAGCAGCAGCAGCAGGAGAGGAAGGCGAUGGAAGAGGCCGAAUGUAGUGGCCGGGGUCCGCAGCUAUGGGGCGGUAUCAUCAACGGUCGUCCUGUGGGGCCCAGCCAGUUCUACCUAAACGAUGAAAUGCUGGGGACAAGCCUCCGACCGCGCCUGCUGACCAGUGUGCUCGCAGUGGGCGGUGGACCCAUCGCGGUCCAGGAAUUGGACUAUGCCGCCAAGAGGAAUGUACCCUGGACCUACAUACGCUGCAGGGGCCGGAACGUGACUCCCGGCAACGAGUACGGCCCGGUUGAUGACUGGGUACGGCAACAGAGGCAGCAGAAGAGCCACGAGACGGGAGGCGAGGAGGACGAGGAGCAGCCACCGCCGCCGCAGCAGCGGCAGCAGCCGAGUGAAACAAAGCGGGCGUAG